AUGGUGAACUGGGAGCUGAAGGGCUGCUGUGAGCGCGACCAAGUCGUCUUCAUCACGACCAUCGGCGUCUUCACUGUCGUGAUCCUCGCCGUAAGUUAUCUCUUUCCUGGCUUCCUUCCCCAUGCUCCGAUGCUCGAUAACAGGAUCCUCUUCCAACUCGUCCUUAUGCUCGAAAACCUUCAUUUUUUUCCUACUUCGCGCUCACAAAUUCUACAGCCGUUGGGUGAUUUAUUGUUGCGGUUAGACUUGGAAAUGCCACUUAAAUCUAGUCUAUUGAUGGAAAUCUACGCGACUGAACCAUCAUGAUACAACUUCGUCUCCUGAUCUAAUUUUCCAUCGAAUUAUUAGUUCUUUCCUUCCAUGAUUAUGUGUUCCCCCGUGUCAUGCUCGUUUAAUUGUGUUGUUUUUCUCGUCGCACUAUUUUCCUCUUCAAAUUUCUAGAAUCUAGUUGUUCUUUACGUUGUUAUUAUUAUUAUUAAUACUAUCAUUAAUCUUUGUAUCUUUUAUCGUCUUCCCUUUUGCAGCUCUGGAGGACGUUUCUGCUGACACCCUUUAAGCUCAUUACGGUAUUUCUCCACGAGGCGAGCCAUGCUAUUGCAUGCAAACUAACUUGUGGACGGGUAAGAUACUUUGGAUUAAAUGUUGCAGCCCAAGUUACUCGUACUCACGUGGUGGUUCUCUUUCAUGAUUUUAGAUGACAUCUGUUGCUUUAACUCUGCUGGGAUUUCAACUUUUAUGGAACUGUAUCAACUUUCUAAUGUUGUCGUGCUACUGAUCAUUCUUUUACGAUGGUUCAAUUACCAAUGCGGCAUGUUUGAUGCCUACUACAUGCGUUGGGAAUGAAGGUAGAGAGGGCUUUCUUGAAGCCAUUGUUAACAAUUACAUAAGACAUAGUUUCUUCUCUCACUCCAAUAUCUGUUUUUCAUUAUGAUACUCCCUCCAAGAUCUGGAUAGGCCCUGGAUGGGACUUUUUUUAUAUGGUAACCUCUUGGUGGCUGGGAUAUUAUUUUUGGAAGAUAUUUAGAAAAUAUUCUUAUCUAAAUGGACCUACAUGUUUGUAUAGUCUGAAUUUCGAUUAAUUUGAAUUUAGUGAGCGUAACAUCAUACAGGAAACAGGUUUGCAAAUUAUUACAGAUAGAGUUUUGUUCAAGGUGAAUUUUGAACGUGAUAGUUCAAACAUUUCAUUAAUGCUUCUGCACACCGAGCUGAUUCAUUAAAUAAAUUUUUAUUCCAAUGUUUCAUUCUAAUGAUGGAGCUACCAGCAAUUGCCAAGUGAAAUUUAACAUAAGUAUAUGAGACGCCCUAGUUAUUUGUGAUUAAAUCAUUUGUUUUAUGGAUAUGAUGGUGAGUCAACUGAAAAAUGAAUUAUUCCAGGGAUCAGAAAUUGUAUAUGUUUAGUGCUAUCAGCCAACUACUGAAGAGGGAUUUGAUGGUGGACGGUAUCAUAGUUUAGACACGAGUAAACAUCCCUGCUGAUUGAAUAAGUCAUUUCAGAUAUCUAAUCCUUUUGUUUUUGCUCGAUAGCUUAUCAAUUGGCAGCUCCCAUACCACCAAUUAUUGAAACGUACUGGCCUUUAAUACUUUCCAAUAAUGUCUACAGUGGACAUCUGAAAUUCCAAUGUUUGUAGGAGAGUUCCCAUUAAUCGACUUUGAGUGGACACUGCCACCAUGCUUCUGGUGAAUGACGACAAUUACAAGGGCAACGAAUAGUAAUGAUUUUCUUUUGGGCGAAUGUUGAAUUUCAAUCAUUAUUUGCCCAUUUGAUCCGGUGGCUAGUACUGACGUAUCAGUAACUCAGUAGGUAGGAAUUCAGUUGGAUCAGUGAAGAAAGAUGGGUCCUUUUGUUGCAGAAAGUAUUAGAGAAAACCAACACAGCAAGAACAAUCUUGGGCCUGGAAUAAUCAGAAGAUCUAACAUAAAAUAUGGUAACUUUAUUUCUCUAUAAAUUAUACCAAAUAUCAAAUCUAUAGAUAGUCUUUAUGAAUUUUUUAUACUUCUUACGUUGUCUUUAUUUCCUAAAAUUUAUUUCUCUACGUCGGUAUGCAUAAAAUUUAAUUAAGCAUGUAAUUAUUGAAUUUUCAACACUUUUUAGUAAAACCAUUUGUGAAGUCUGUGAAAGGAAUGCUUUUUUAGACAAUCUUUAUCUUGGCAUGCUUAUUGAUUUAUUAAAUAUGUACCUCUAUUUCUACUGCAAGAAAUCACAUCUUUUCGCAUCUUGUGCAAAAAUUUUGAAGUCCAAAAAUAAAAAGAAGAUUAAUUUUUCCUCAUUGCCGUGGAUUCCGUUCUUCACAAUUUUAUUCAGAUACUAAUUCCAGCAUUCAUCAAUUAGAUUUCCCUUCAAAAUAAUUUUGCAUCCAGGAAUUUUCCCACAGCAUCACUUAAUAACAAUUGUCACUCAUCAAGAGCAUGAGAUACUAUGUCCUUUUAUGGACGAGCCUGCGGUAACUGCUGAAGACCUGAAGUCGGGAAAUCUACACAUUCCAAGGCAAGCUUUUAUUAGGACGCUGAUACUAUGAUGACGCUCAAACUAUGAUGUGAGGCUUACAUCUGAUUUAAUAAGAAAAGUUAGCUUGAAAGGAAUAUCGUAAUUUGAAUAAAAAUCAGCUGAUUUGGAUCGGAAUUGGAUUCCUGCCAGAGUAUAGAAAUGAGAAUGAGAUGAAGCAUAAAAAGGCUUUUGAAAAAUCCCAAUCUGAUGAAGAGGACGAGGAAGGAUCGAAAGUAAGAAGAAGAUGGAGAAGGGGACGAAAAAGAAGAAGAAGACCAAAAAGGAGAAGAAGAAGAUGAAUAAGAAGAUGACCUUGCCUUUCAUGAGAAGAUCCUUUCCAGAAAAAGGGCCUUUGCUCCUACAAUUGGCCAUUGGCUGGGGUUAUCAAUGAUGAGGAAGAAGACAGAAAGGAAGAGAAAAAAAAGUGGUGUGAGCACUUUGCUCUGACAAGAAGAUCCUUUGUAGAAAAUAGAGAGUUUCCCCUUGAUAAUUAUCUGUGUUAUAAUAUUUUUUCAGUUAAAGGUGUCUAUCAGUAUUUUUCAAAAUGAUUUACAUGUUUUUUUCUCUUAUAUCUGUGAUUGAAUUUCCUAAUUUGGUAGAAAGAUUUGAUUCUGAAGAUCUCUUGAUGUUGUUAAAACUAAAUAACUCGAUUCAAGAAAUGGAAUGUGUCUGUUUAGCAUUAAGAUAGGAGACGUUACCAUAUUCAAACUAAAAUAGUGAUUAAUCAAGGAAGACGUGAAGUCUGUGCCAAAUUCCAUGAUAAUCAUGACUCAAAAAUUUGGAACGAGAGAUGUUGACAAUGUGAAACAGGGCAGCAUUCACAGCAUUAGGAUAGAAGGCGCAAACAACUUUAACAAAAUCAAUAAUCGAUUUGGCAGUCAUAGGGUCAACAUAUGGGGGAGAAAUGGGAUUCUUAAUAAUACCUCACCUGAUAAAUGCAUCAUUCAUGAUACUGGGCGUGACCUGAAAUUUGAGUGUGACGCUGGUUUACUUGAAAGCUUAAGACCAGUACAUCUUUAAAAAUAUGUGCAUAUUAGUGGUUAUCAUUGAGAAGAUUUGGCUUUGUAUCUAUCUCUUGCGUUGCCUAUGUUAUGCUAUGUAUUUUUUCAACUAUACUUUUGUGAACUUCGUUCAUUAAAUUUUAUUCUUAUUCUCAUAUUGAGUAGUCAGCACCUUCCAACUGUUUCCUGCUAAUUGUUUUUGUCAGCCUUCGAAUUCAUACCUUUGUCUGCCUAUUCUCAUUUCUUACGAUCGGUGCAUUGGGCUAUCGACUGACUUGAAAGCCUUAGCUGAACCUCGUGACAUUUGGCUUUUCAAAUCCCAAACCUUUCAUCAACCUGACGAGAAAAGGCUUUAUGAUGAUAGUGGACCUUCCCACGGAUUUAUUAAUAUGGUUAUUGAUAAUUGAUAAAAUAUUCAAAUGCCAUUGAUACUGAUGAACCUUCCCACGGGAUCUGUACUUUCAUCCUUCCUAGAUUCUGACUUAACGCAGUUGUCAAUCAUUAGCAAUGAUAGUUCUCCUACAGGAAGAAAUAAUUUCUUUCUUAAUUUGAAAAAAAAAAAUCUCAUUUUUACUGCACCUCAUCUUCUUUCAAUUUGAGGACAAAAAACGUUUCUUGAUUAUUUUAACUGAAGCACACAAAAAAAGGCCAAAUGUAUUCGUUUCCCAAAUGAGACCUGAAUUUUGUUGCAAAUCACCUCUCUUGGUGUCCAUGUUACUCUCAAAUAUCUUCAAGUGCAUUAAUGCCCUUUAUUUCCAUUUCUGUUCCUCUAUUUGCAAGUGGUAAAUAGGUGAUAUACAGCCCGAGUUGACUUUACAGUUUAUACUUUAGCUAUCACGUGAAUAAUAGUAUUAUGCGAAUUCAAUUUCGCCAAAGCUAGAAACCCAAAGGUAACCGAAGCCAAUACAAAUCCCAUUCCCUCACAACAUAAUGCUUUCCUUUAGAGUCCGAUCUGUCUCUUACUGCUGACCGAUUUACUUGCAAGUGAUUCAUCUCGCAUCCAUCUCUUGUUCGCUCAAGAACUAGAGUAACCGAUAACAUGGUUUUAGAUAGUGUUUCUAUGUCCAAUUUUUUAUGUCAUUCUAAAUGUCAAUUAUUAUGUCACAACCCUGAUGCACUCCAGUUCGUGGGUUGAAUAGGACGGCCAUUACAGGAUACGCUGGUUUUAGUGGAGGAUUUUUGUGGAAGAUGGUCAUGUAUCAUAAAACACAAACGAAAUGCGGGUACCCAACUGCAAACAGGAUUCCUGUAUUCAAUUUUCUCAAAUAUUGGAACUCUUUUUGAUGAAAAAAAAAUAAAUCCACAUUUGAAUGCUAUAAAUUUUUAGGAUACAGAAGCUUGUCUGUUUUUUGCGCCUGACACUAAUUAUGUACCUUUCACUUUGGACCAUGCAGACCAUCAUUUGCAAUAAAUGCUGAUCUAUGCGAAAUUCGCAAUGCAUCACUGUGCCUAGUUUCUUGUAGUAAUGCAGAGCAUUCCUGGUAGGAUUAAAUGCACUGAAUUAUUGUCGAUUUUUGUAUUAAUAAUUAGUUUAGCACAUCGUUGAAUGAUGUGAGCAACUGGCCUCCACUGGUUAAUACUUCAUACAUAUGACCACUUUGGUUCUCUUUUUGACGUAAAGAUUGUUCACAACCGCUCUUUUUUGUUGAAAAGGAAUAUAAUUAUUUCAGUGGCUGAAUAAAUAUGACUCUGUCCAUUGUAGGCAUCUGUCAAGUACCAACCUCUAUAGAUCAAUUUUUCUUACUCAAGGGCCAUUUGUUGCAUAAUCAAAAUACUACCCUGUUGCUGUGACUUGGAUACUCUUUUUUGCUGCUUCAACAUUUAACCCAGCCUUAAGUUCUCUCUUUAUUUCCUAUGUUGACGAUCACCAGUCAUCGCCUGCCCUUCUGAUAUGAGCACAUGCUCGUAAACUUCCAAUAUGAUAAGGUCUUUCCUUUAGUUUCCACCAUCUACUUAUCAUUUGUUGGAUAGUCCAUUUUCCAAGCUUCUCGUAGAGUCCUGGAAUUUUUAUAUAAGAUCAGCUUUCAACACCGUUCAACGUAUGUAUUGUACACUGCCUUGCUGGAAUUGUGUUACUAUUGAAAAGUUUGCAGAAUGGAUCAAAAACCUUCAUUCAGUGGAAAAUAAUGAACUAGGAUUUUGGUAAAGACUUCAUUUGCCUUAAAUAUGGCAGCUAUCUGUAAGAGUAUUGUUUUAAAAUAUGGCUUAAAGUAUGGCUUAAACUUCAUAUGUUCAGAAUAAUAGAAUAUAGACAAUCAGAACGUAUUGUAAGAGUAUACCUAUAUUUGGGAGCUAUCUGUUUCUGUGAAAUCAGCUGUGCAGCACCCACCUGGAAGAGUUAUAAUGCAAAAGUGGUUUUUUUUUUCAAAAAUAAAAAAGUCUGUUUCAACAAAUUCAAAUGAGAAUUUGGAGUUCUGCCGUACUUUCAUUUUAGCUUGAUUAAUAGACGAAUAAUGAAAGUGGUAAAAAGGUACAUUUGGAAUAUGAGACUUAAACCAGAACCUUAAGUUUUCUGCAUAUUUUCAAGCCUUUAUGCUAGGCCUAAUUAUUUCCAUUAACAGUUUCUAUGGUCUUCCGUUUCUGCAUUCUUCAUUCAGGCUCUGACACUGCAGCAGUCGGACAUAAUUUUAUUAUCUUCAGUGGGAUUUUCAGAUUUAUGGUUAUAGGUAAAGAGACAAUGGUUGAUGAUCCCAGUGCACGCCAUAAAAUAAAAUCAAUGGCAUUGGAAAAAAUUUCGGCCAAAUCCUUAUUUUUUUUUAAUUUAUUUAUUAAGUAUAUAUACACUCACACGUACAUAUGCGUGAUAAGAUCUGUAGAUCAAAGUAUGAUCUGAGAAGAAACAGAAGUGGCCCGAUGUUGUAAUUUUUCAGAACGAUUACUGUGUCUUGAUUCAAGAAGAUCUGAUUUAAAGAAUUGAUAAUGAGUCAAAAGGUAACUAGAUGACCAAAAAAUCCAUGCUCAAACUGGGACUUGGAAUCCAAUAAGAUGAAGGUUAGACAGUCGACAAAGAGUACAAAUUUCUAUUUGACAAAUGCGAAAUCUAUGUUCUAUCUGAGUUUUGGCUUUCUUAGAGAUUUCUUUUUGACCGAUAAACUUCAAUUGUAGUUAUGAACGUGUCUGUUAUCGGUGAAAUAUCUCCUUAUUUCCAUUUGUGAGACUCCAGGAUAAUGCUUCCCUUUUCUGUUCAAAGAACAAUGAUAACAUUACUGGAACCCGAGUAUAACAUAUGAACAUUAGUUCCACAUGCAGAGGGCUAUGAGCAAAUAUCGUUUUAUUUUCCUUCAAUGUUUUAUUCCCUAAUGUGCAUUUCACUUAUCUUUAUAAUUGAUUUUCGGGCUUCAUUAUGUGCCCUUUCAUGUACGUUAUAUUGAUCUGGAAAUAGUGACGAUUGUUACUUGUAUUGUUUGCCUUUUUUUAAUUUUUUAUCUGGAAGUAGAUGAGACAACAUAGACAUUAAAUAUCAGAUGAGAGAAUCGUUAGUGUAAGAUUAGUGAGAGCUUUCAAGAAGAAUCUCUGAAAUAUAGUUUCGUUCUUUUCGCCAUCAUGUUAAAAAAAGAUCAGCUCAGAACUAAAAGCCCCUCAGGAUCAAUGGAUAAAGUUCUCCCUCCCUCAUUAAAGAUCUCAAAGCUGGCUCUCUCUACCUAGAACACAGAUAAAUGCUGCACACUCUUCUGAAGAACUCUUCUGAAUAUAUGGAAAUUGUCUAACACUUGUGUUGUGUAAUCAUAUUUUCCUUUCUGAAUUGAUUUCUGGCACGCAGACAAUUGAUUGAACCACUGUUCCUAUUUAAAGUCAUAAGUACCCUAUAUGCUCUUCCAAUUGUUGUGACGAUCCAGCAUAAAAUUUGAAAAUUUCCAGGUUGAUGGCAUACGUGUUGAUGCCGAUGAAGGUGGUGUCACAGAGACACGAGGUGGUAUCUACUGGGUGAUUUUACCUGCUGGAUGUAAGCCAUUCUUGUUUUUCUCUUUUUUUUUUUUUUUGGUUAAGCGAUUCUUGUUGACGUCAGAGGAUAUCGCCCUCCAAGAUUUGCCCCUGGGUAAUAUUAGCUUGUAUUUUUAUUCGUAUUAGUCAAUCAUUCGCUCAUGAAAGUAAGACUAAUCUCUGUCUGUAGAUCUGGGGUCAUCGUUCUGGGGGAUGGUUCUCAUACUCGCUUCCACCAAUCUUCUCACUGCUAGAAUAGCUGCUGGAUGUUUUGCCGCUGCACUGUUCAUAGUCCUCUUUGUUGCGAAGAAUGUAAGCGUUUCUACUUUCGGAUUUAUUAGAUUACAAGCGAGCUCGUAUCCUCAGAGAGCUUGCAACAAGAAAAGAAAAGAAGCAAAAAAAGGCCAUUAGACACUCCUAAUUCGUUAUCGUGCUUGUGCCCCUGAUUUGUGUUCUAUCUUAUUAUGUAAUCGUCUUUUGCAGUGGUUGCUUCGAGGGCUUUCCAUCGGUGAGUUGUGGAGAGCAGCCCCGCUUUUGCCUUUUUCCUUCUCUAAACUCUCUAGCACGUUGACGACGCUUUCUUUACUCGACAAUCUCCAGGCUUCAUCGUUUUUCUAGCCGUUGUUUGGAUUCUACAGGAAUAUACAAAGCUGCGCAUUCUUCGGUACGUCAUCCUGUUCAUCGGUGAGAUUUUAUUUGAUUGGAUUCCUCCCAUUCAUUAAUUCGAUAUAUUUCGUGGAUAUUUUGUCAUAUAAACCGAGGAAGAUGACGUUCCUAUAUAUAUGCAUUCAUUCUGCAGGAGUGAUGAACAGCUUGUUCUCAGUUUAUGGUACGAUUCCAAAUUUGAUAUGAUUUGAGGGAAAACAUUUCUCUUCAUCCAGUCAUUCAUAAAUAUAAUAAUAAUAAUAAUAAUAAUAAUAAUAUCUGAUAAUUCCCUCCAAAUUCAUGCUUUUCAUCUGUGCAGAUAUCUACGACGACUUGAUCUCUCGAAGGGUGAAUACGAGCGAUGCUGAGAAGUUUGCCGAAGUCUGCCCUUGCCCCUGCAACGGUGUUGCCUGGGGUGUGAUCUGGUCAGUUCACUGCCGCCACAGCAUUAGCCUCAUAUCAUAUCAUUACUUAUUUUUCGUUGAACAUAAUUGGAUUAAAAAUUUCAUUUUCUAUUUUCUGGGUGGGUCCCAUCCUUUGUUCUUUCCCCUGCUGGCAGAGUCAGAAAGAAGGUGUCAUAUUAGAGCAUUAUAGCUGUGUAGCGUUGACUGGGACAAUAGAACAUCUAUGUAUUAAAUAAAUAAAUAAAUAAAUAAAUAAAUAAAUAUACAGACCAGCCUACUCCACCCGUUACUACCAACUUUUUUUUCUUUUUGAAACCCUUCAAAUUUAUUUAUUUAUUUAUUUAUUUUGUUGUUGUUGAAAAUUCACCAUCAUACUUAGGUUGCUGUUUAUACUGGGCUUCAGAGAGUUCAUGGAAAUGGAAUGUGUUUGCAGGGGCUUGAUAUCGUUCUCAUUCUUAUGCGGAUCCAUGUACCUUGGCCUCGUGAUUCUGUCCUGA